CGCCUUUGAACCGCUGGAUCGGCAUUUUACUUCCCCUUAAAAGCCUUGCCCCGAUCCGCGGAUUGAGGUCACAUUCUCGGCUUUAAAGCCACCUUACAUGUUACCGAGCAUGGUAUUGCAGGGAAAUGCAAAGUCCGGGGACUUUGUUGUUGUCUGAUUCAUGCGGAUCUUUACCCACCUGGCCGGCCCAUAUCCGACUGGAUCAGGUCGGAUUGGGGCACUGUGUAGGAUCCGACUUCCCCCAAUGAAGUGGCUCCAAUUAGUCAAAGUGCAACCUGGAGUACCACAUUACAUACCUGGGCGAAGGAGGCUAUGCUCGGGUUCGCAUGAUGUCGAGCCGCUUGCGCGUCCAUAUGCGCGGUCCGAUGGAACUUGCCGUGCUACCCAAGAUCCUGGUGCAUGUCUGUAGAGCGAUCGAUAUAAGAUGGAGCUUGUCGUGGCCAAUGUUGAGAUGAGAGGCACGUAGGACAGGUUGACGGUUUUGUACUAUCAUUGUCAUUCAUCAUGAGACUUGCAGCCUUUCUUUCUUUGGCGGUGGCCGCUGCGGCUGUCAAUGUGUCCAACAGCGACCCCUUUGAGCAAUGGCAUGGGCCUAAGGCAGGCGAUGUCCGUGGGCCAUGCCCAUUCCUAAACACCUUUGCCAACCACGGCUUCCUCCCUCGUACCGGCAAAUACAUCACCCUCGAUGACCUCACCAACGGCCUCUUCAACGCUGUCAACUUCGACGCCAAUAUCUCUGCUUUCCUCUUUGACUUCGCCAUCAGCACGAACCCGGAGCCGAACUCUACCUGGUUCUCGCUUGACCACUUGACCCGCCACAACGUGCUGGAGCAUGAUGCCAGUCUCUCUCGCGUUGACGCCUUCCACGGCCACGCCGACAUUUUCAACCAGGAAGCCUUCGACGAAACCCGCUCCCACUGGGGUGACAUCGUCAAUGUCGAGAGCGGUGCCGCUGCCAUCGUCGCUCGCAUGAAGACAUGCAAAUCAACCAAUCCUCAAUACUCCCUCUCCCAACUUGGCGAGGCUUUCAUCCUCGGCGAGACAGCCGCGUUCAUCUCCAUCCUCGGAGACGCUGAGGCCCUCACUGUCGAGAAGACGCGUGUGGAAUACCUUUUCCAAAACGAGCGUCUCCCGACCGAACUUGGCUGGAAGAGACCCGAGGCUCAGUUCACGACCGAUAUUCUGGUGCGGAACCUGCAGGCGGUGGCUGUCGAGUAUCAGAAGAGGCUGAACUCGACUGUCUUGAGGAAGAGGGGGGUGGAUUAUGCUGAGCGGUUGAUGGAUGGUAGGGCAAGGCUGCUGUAG